GUGUGUAUGACUCGCCAGACUUUUCCUUUGCUACCAUUCCUCCUCUGAGCUGCAUGGUUCCAUCGAGCUGUGCCGCAAACAAACCUUUCGUGACUCGGAAUGUGAUGGCACCAGAAUGAUGCAGGCGGAAAUCGGCAUGUGCAUCGUCCUGGCACCUGUGUGCCAGCCGUCGGCAGAUGAAUCUUCAACUGACUAAUCGAUCCAUAUUCAAGUCAACAUACUUCCUUUAUUUACAGUUGUCACUUACAAGGACACUUAGCUAUCUGGAACCACAGGUCUGGCACUGUGUGUGUGAUGUUAAUACUAGCUUAACUAUAUCGGCUUUCCACUCGCUUUGUUUGUCUUUUUUAAAAUUAUUUUUUUUAGAAAUUAUACAUCUUUUUAUUUUUAAGAAUCUCCUCAAAGCAAAUUGGCCACUGAAUUUGGCGUAUUUAUGUGACCAUAGUUUAGAGACUUUUGUCUUACUUGAGAAAUAUUUUUCAUUCAUUUAAUUGUUUUCAGCUAUUAAUGACAAAUUAUCUCAUUAAUGCCAUGUUUCGCUCAGUCAUUCAACCACAUUUUCGUUUUGAAUUUUCCCCAGUAAUACACGAUUUAAGAAUAGACCGGUAUGAAUAUUUGUGAAAUUCACGCACGGGCUUUGAGAACGUUCGUGAACAUCUGUUUUCUCAAGAGGACAUUCCACUUCCUGUUGAGGAAAUCCUCGUCCCGGUGACAUUAUCCGUAUCCCAAAACAAACAUUCCAAUUUGUCUCAGUUGAUAUGCUUCAUCAAUAAUAUCUGCAUACGUCUCCUAACCAAAAAGAAGCAUUUAAGUUUGUACUAAUUUGAACAGUGUGCAUAGCACGUAUAGAUUCAUGCACCGCCAAAAGUAAUCUUGCGUAAUUCGGGAAGGCCCAAUCUGAUAUACACCAAUUCAAGAGGAUAUAGCAAUAUAUUAAAUAUUGUUUUCUAACUAUGUUUUAGUCAAUCAAAUUCACCUGUGUUCAUUGAAUAUUCAUUGCUACUAAACAUGAACAUGUUCAAUACAGCAAAUAACAUGAGCAUAACUCAGGGCUAUGACAAAAUCAUUAAGGUAAGGGGCUCUUGUCUUAAUCACUUUCUAUGGGUGCCUUUUACAGCGAAGCUAUUUUGGGAAUUGUUGUAGUUUGUAUUUUUCCUAAGUCCAAGCGUGUACGUUUUCGCAUUUUAUUUUUUAAUAAACCAUAAAGUAUUUUUUUGUGCCAAUUUUCUUUAUGUAUGCUCUCUUCAGCCUUUAUCCACAUCGACACUAAAUUGAAAUGAAUGCUUUUCUGAUAAUACCUACUAAAACCUGGUACUACUAAAUCAAGUACAGUCGGAAAGAAAUGCACGUAUGCUGCUUUCGUCCAAUCAACUGGUCUGAUUUCGACGCCCUCCAAUCUGGUUUUGCCUUUUGAGGGGAUGGGCAGAGAUUGUGCUGUGGCUAGCAGGCGCGGCGCCAUUUCAUCUCGGAGACCAGUGGCAUCCCACAGUGAAAGGAACAUCAUCACCAUGGUGAAAAUCUUCAUUGGGAAUUUGUCUCCAGACACCACGGCGGAGGAGCUGCGCUCCCUCUUCUCCCAGUAUGGCAAGAUCUCAGAGUGCGACAUCGUCAAGAACUUUGGCUUUGUGCACAUGGAUGACAAAGCUAAGGCAGAAGAUGCCAUCAAGAAUCUCCACCACUACGAGCUCAACGGGCAGGCCAUGAAUGUGGAGAUGAGCCGUGGCAGACCCAAAGCCUCUACCAAGCUCCACGUGGGUAAUAUCAACAGCAGCUGUACCAACCAAGAACUACGGGCCAAGUUUGAGGAGUACGGCCCAGUGGUGGAGUGUGACAUAGUGAAGGACUACGCCUUUGUCCACUUGGAGCGUGUGGAGGAUGCCAUGGAGGCUGUCAGUGGGCUGGACAACACAGCCUUCCAAGGCAAACUGCUGAGCGUGAAGCUUUCGACUAGCCGCCUGCGUACUACGCCUGGCAUGGGAGAGAGGACUGGUUGUUAUCGGUGCGGGCAGGAAGGCCACUGGUCCAAAGAAUGUCCGCUCGACACGUUGGGCAACUACAGAGAGGGUGCCGAGCCACGCUCUGACGGAUUCGAUGGCGGUGCCCCCAGGUUCGGCGGGGGGAGUCGCAGCGGUCGCGUUUAUCAACGGGGCUUCAGUGACGGCGAUCCAGGUUACAGUGGCAGCUACGCUUCCGUGCACGACUUUGGCAACAGAGGGUCUGUUUACGGCAGCGGCAGUGUACCCGGGUAUGGCAGGGGCGCGGGCUACGAGACCGCAAUGAGUUACAGUGUCCCGCAGGGUUAUGGAAUGAGCGCUGCCGAACAAUGCAUGGCCCGGACAUACGCCAGCGAGGCAGCGUACGGCUGCACCAGCUCGAGCUAUGGUGUGAUCCCAGCCAACCCAGUGCGCCGGUCAUCUUACGAGGACCGGGAUCCUUAUGGUGUUGUGGACUUCUACGAGAAGUACCGGGCUCGCUCGUAUGGAGCCAGUUAUUUCGAAGAGCGCCGGUCUGUCCCUUUGCCAGCCCCACCUCCCCCCUCCUCCUCGGCCAUAAUGAGGGAGCGCCUGCCGCCCUCUAGCCUCGACCUAUACGAGCGCUGUCCCCUCCCUCCUCUACCAGCCUCCAUCUCCUCAUACUACUCCCGCGACCGGAGCCCGAUCCGGCGAAUCCCUGCUGAUACUGAGGGCUACGCGUACGAGCGCGCGCGCCUCUCCCCGGUGUCCUCCCUCCCCAGAAGCUUGGCUUAUGACAUCCCGCGGGACCCCUACGCCGAGCGGGCGCGCUAUGCUUACUAACCUUUUUCCCCACUUGUCCAGGUGAGACCUGACUAGCUUUCACAGGUUAGCGUGAUUUUUAAGUUCCCUGGGAACUACACUGAACAAAAAUAUAAACGCACCAUGUAAAGUGUUGCUCCCAUAUUUAAUGAGCUGAAAUAAAAGAUCCCCAGAAAUGUUAAAUACCCUGA